AUGUAUGAGAGAGUGUGUGAGGGAUUUGUGGGUAGGAUUUUUGUGGUUUAUGGUUGGUGGGGUUGUUUGUGUUGGUGUUGUUGUUGGUUUGUGGUGGUUUUGGUGGUUUGGGGUGGUUGGGUGGUGUUUUGGUGUUGUUUUGUUUUGAUUGUGUUGAUGUUGUGUUUUGUUUGGGGGGGGGUGUGGGGUGUUUGGGGGGGUGGUUUGGGUUUGUGGUUUUUUGUUUUGGUGUGGUUGUGUGUGGGGUGUGUUUUUUUGGUGGUGGUGUGUUUUGGAGUGUUGUUGGUUUGGUAUUUUGGGUGUGUUGUUGUUGGGGUGUUUUGGUGUUAUGGGUGGUUUUGGUUUUGUUUAUAUAUUGUGUUUAGGGAAUUUUGUAUAGGUGUGGAGGUGGGGGUUGGUGUGGGGGGGGGGGGGGGGGGGGGUUUGGUGGUGUGUGAUUGUUUGUUUAGUGGUGGUGUGUGGGUGUUAGGGGGGAGUAGUGGUAGUAUUGGUGGGGGGGGGUGUGUUAUGUUGGGGUUUGGUUGUGGAGGUGUUUUUGUUGGUUUGUGGGGUUGUGUUUUUGUGGGUUUGUGGGUUUGUGUGGUGUGUGUGUGGGUGGGGUUGUGGGGGUGGGGUGUGUGGGGGUGGGGGUGUGUGGGGUGGUGUGUGUGUGUGGGUUGUUUGGGGGUGGUGUUGUGUGGUGGAGGGGUUUGUGGGUUGUGGUUGGUGGUGUGGGUUGGGUAUUUGUUUUGGUGUUUGUGGGUUGGGUGUUGGGGGGUGGGGGGUGGUGUGGGGUGGGGUGUUUGGUUGGGGGGUGUUUGGGGUGGUUUUUGUGGGGGUUUGGGUUUUGGGGGUGGUUGUGGUGGGGUGGGUGUGUGGGGAGGGGUUGUUGGGGGUGGUGGUGUGGGUGGGGGGUUGGGUUUGGGGUUGGGGGUUUUUUUGGGUUUUGUUGGGUGGUGGUGGUGGGGGUGUGUGGGGUGGGGUGUGGUGGGGGUGGUUGUGUGGUGGUGGGUGUGGUGGGGGUGUUUGUUGUGGGGUGGGUGUGUGGGGUGGGGUGUGUGGGGGUGGGGUUUGUGGGGUGGAUUGUGUGGAGUUGGGGUGGUGUGGGUGGGGUGUGGGUGGGGUGGGUGUGUGGGGUGGGGUUGGUGGGGGUGGGUUUGUGGGGUGGGUGUGUGGGGGUGGGGUGUGUGGGUGUGUGUGGUGGGGGGUGUUUGUGUGUGUGGUGUGUGUGGGUGUGUUGGGGGUGGGUGUGGGGUGGGGGGUUGUGUGGGUGGGGGGGGGGGGGGGGGGGGUGGGGGGGGGGGGUGGGGGGGUGUGUGGGGGGGGGUGGGGUGUGGGGGGGGGGGGGUUGUGUGUGUGUGGGGGGGUGUGAGGGUUUGGUGUGGGUGGUUGUGUGUGUGGGGGUUGUUGGGGGUGGGGGUGUGGUGGUGGGGUGGGGUGGGGGGGUGUGUGUGUGUUGAUUGGGUUUGGGGGUGUUGUGUUUGUUGUGGGGGGGGGUGGGGGUGUGGGUGGGGUUGUGGUUGGUGUGUGUGUUGUGGGGGGGGGUUGGGGGGGUGUGGUUGGGGGGGGGGUGGGGGGGUGGUGGUUGUGGGGGGUGGGGUGUGUGUGGGGGUGGGGGGGGGGGGGGUGUGGGGGUUGGGGGGGUGUGUUGGGGUGGGGGGUGGGUUGUGGGUGGGGGGGGGGUUGGGGUUUGUGGUGGGGUGGUGGGGGGUGGGGGUGGGGUGGGGUGGGGUGGUGUUGGGGGGUUGGUUGUGGGGGGUGUUUGGGGUUUUGUGGUUGUUGUGGGUUGUGUUGGGGGGUGGUGGGGGGGGUGGUGGUUGUGGGUGGGUGUGGGGUGGGGUUUGGGUGGUGGGGGGGUGGGGGGGGUUGGGGGUGGUGUGUGUGGGGGUGGUUGGGGGUGGGGGGUUGUGUGGUGUUGUGGUGGGUGGUGGUGGGUGGGGGGGGUUGGGUGUGGUUUUGGUGGGGUGUUUGGUGUUGUUUUGUGUGGGGUUGUUGGUGGGGGGGUUUGGGUGUGGGGGGGGGGGGGGGGGGGGUGGGGGGUUGGGGGGUUGGGUGUGGGGGGGGUUUGGGGGGGGGGUGGUGUGUUGUGGUGGUGGUGGUGGGGGGGGGGGGGGGGGGUGGGGGGGGGGGUGUGGGUUGGUGGUGGGGGUGUGGGUGGGGUGGGGGGGUGGGGGUGGGUGGUGGGGGUUAUGGUUGUUUUUGUGGGUGGGUGGGUGUGGUGGUGUGGUGGGGGGGGGGGGGGUGUUUGUGGGGGGUGGUGGUUUUUUGUGGGGUUUGGGGUGGGGGGGGGGUGUUGUUUUUUGGUGGGUUGGUGGUGGGGGGGUUUUGGUGGGGGUGGGGUGUUUUUUUGGUGGGUGGGUGUGGGGGGGGGGGGUGGGGGGGUGGGGGGGGGUGGGGGGGGGUGGUGUUUUGGUGGUUGUGUGUGUGGGUGUGGGGUGGGGUGGGGGGGGGGGGGGUUUGGGGGGUGGGUGGGGGGGGGGGGGGGGUGUUUUGUGGGGUGGGGGGGGGUUGUGGGGGUGUGGGGUGUUGUUUGUGGUGUGGUUGGGUUGUGGGGUGUUGUUUGGGGUUUGGGUUGUUGUUUUUUUAUUUGGGUUUUGUGUUGUGGUGGGUGGGGGGGGUUAUGGGGUGUUGGGGGUGGUGGGGUUUGGGGGGGGGGGGGGUGUGGGUUUGGGUUUGUUUUUUUUGUGGGUUUUUGUUGAUUGGGGGGGUGUGGGGGGGGGGGGGGGUGGGGGUGGGUUGUGGGGGGGUUUGUUGGGUGGGUUUUGUGGGGGUUUUUGGGGUGGGGGGUGGGUUGUGUGGGGGUGUUUGUGUGUUGUUGUGUGUUUGGUGUUGGUGGUUUUGUGGUAUUGGGGGGGGGUGGGGGGGUUGGGUGGUGGGUGGGUUGUUUGUUUGGGGGGUGAGGUUGUUUGUUGGGGUGGGGUUAGGUGGUGGGGGGGGUUGUGGGGGUUGGGUGUUGGGGGGUGGGGUUGUGGGGUUUGGGUGUUGUUUGUGUGUUUUGUGGGUGUGUUGGGGUUUGGUUGGUGUUGGUUUAGGGGUUGUGUGGUGUGUUUUUGGUUGUGUGUGUGUUUGUGGGUAGUGGUUGUGGUUUGGGUUGUGGGGUGUGGUUUUGGGGUGUUGUGGGGUGUGUUUUAUGGGUUGUUUUUGUUUUUGGGGGUAUGUUGUGUUUGUUGGGUUGUGGUUGUGUUUUUGGGAUUGGGUUUUGUGGGUGUGGUGGUUGGGAUGGUGGUGUGUUUUGGUUGUGGUUGGUGUUGGUUUGGGUGUUGUUUUUGGGGGGUUAUGGUUUUUGGGUAUGUGGGGAGUGUUUGGGUUGGGGUUGUUUUUGUUGGUUGGGUUGAGUGUUGUGUGUUGUGGUUGAGGGUGUGUUUGUUGGGGAUGUGUGUGUGGUGUUGGGUUAUUUGUGGUGUUGGUUGUUGUGUAUGUUUUUUUGGGGUUGUGGUUGUGUUUGGUAGUGGGUUGUGGGUUGUUUUGGUGUGUAAGUGGUUUUGGGUGAUGAGGGUUGUGGUUGUUUGGGUUGUGGGGUUGUGUGUGUGUUGUUGGGGUUGUGGGGAGUGUUUUAGGUUUGUGGGAGUGGUUUUGGGUUGUGUGUUGGUUUUGGGAUGUGGGUUUAGGUUUGGUGUGGAGGUGGUGUGUGGUUGGGGGUUUUGGUGGGUGUUUUGUGUUGGGGUGUGUGUGGUGGUGGGUUGGUUGGUUGGGGUUGGGUGGUGGGGGGGUGGUGGUUGGGGGGGGGUUGUUUUAGGGGUUUUUUUGUGGGUUUGUGUUGGUUGGGGGUUGGGGGGUGGGGUAGGUUUGUUGUUGUGGGGUUUUGUUGUGGGGUUUUUUUGUGUGUGGUGGUGGAGUGUUGGGGGGUUGGUGGUGUUGUUUUUGGUUGGUUUGUGUGGGUUGUUGUGUGUGGUGUUGUGGUGUGGGGUGGUGGUGUGUGUGGUGUGUGGUGGGGGGGGGUUUUGUUUGAGUUUUGUUGGGGGUGGUGGGGUUGUGUUGGGGGUGGUUGGUGGGUGGGUGUUUGGGGUGGUUGGUGGGGUUGAUGGUUUUGGGGGUUGUGUUGGGGGGGUUUUGUUGUUGUUGGGGGGUUGGUGUGUGGGGGGGUGUUGGGGUGUGUGGUGUGGGUGA